GCGCCUCUCUCCACUUGACGCUAGAGCACGUUUAGCCGUCGGUCUCGCCAGCCUCUGGGCCACCAGGUUCAUGUGGAGACUCCCCAGCGUCCGCGCCGCGCUUCGUGGGGUCCGGACGGUGGCCGAGCGGCGCGGGCGGGCGGAGCCGGUGACCGAGACGGCGGCUGGAACCAUGGAGCGCGCGGUAGUGCGCUGCGUGCCCUCGGAGCCCAAGCUGAGUUUGUCUUUCCCGCUGGCCGACGGCAGCCACAAGAAUAUGCAGCGUGAUCAGAGCGAGCCACUGGGUCGGGCCCUUAGCCGGAUCGCCACGAACGCUCUCAAGGGCCAUGCUAAGGCCGUCGCCGCCAAGAAGAGCAGGAAGAACCGGCCGAACGCGAGCAGCGGCGCGGCUGGUGCAGGGCCCGGCCUCGAGCCGGGCACUUCUUGCGAACCCGUGGUGAAGCUGUACUACCGGGAGGAGGCGGUGGCUGAGGACGUGCUCAACGUGGAUGCCUGGCAGGACGGCGCCGUCCUACAGAUCGGCGACGUCAAGUACAAAGUGGAGCGCAACCCACCCGCCUUCACCGAGUUGCAAUUGCCACGCUACAUUAUGGCUGGCUUUCCGGUGUGCCCCAAGCUCAGCCUCGAAUUUGGGGACCCCGCCGGCUCACUCUUCCGCUGGUACAGGGAAGCCAAACCUAGAGCAUCCGAUCCCGAGGGCGAGGGCACCUCGUCGUUGCCUCCCGCCUCUCCCUCGCCUAGUUGGACCGAGACGGGUGUGAACGAGCGCGUCUACGCCCCGACCAAUGCUGACAUCGGGCUACGGCUCAAGCUUCACUGCACCCCAGGCAACGGGCAGCGCUUCGGGCCCAGCCGGGAGUUGGAAAGUGUGUGCCCCGUGGAGGCUGGGCCUGGCACCUGCACCUUUGACCACCGGCAUCUUUACACCAAGAAGGUGACAGACGACUCUCUCAUCCGUACGGUCUCCUACAACAUCCUGGCCGACACGUAUGCCCAGACGGAAUUCUCCCGGACUGUCUUGUACCCCUACUGUGCUCCCUACGCCCUGGAGCUCGACUACCGCCAGAACCUUAUCCAAAAAGAGCUCACGGGUUACAACGCCGACCUCAUCUGCUUGCAGGAGGUCGACCGAGCAGUGUUUUCAGACAGCUUGGUGCCGGCCCUCGAGGCUUUCGGGCUGGAGGGUGUGUUUCGAAUCAAGCAGCACGAAGGCCUGGCCACCUUCUACCGCAAGUCCAAGUUCAACCUUCUUAGCCAACAUGACAUUUCUUUCCAGGAAGCCUUGGAAUCCGACCCUCUUCACAAAGAACUGCUCGAGAAACUAGCUUCAUACCCACUCGCGCAGGAAAGGGUGUUCCAGAGAUCUUCUGUCCUUCAGGUUUCAGUUCUCCAGUCGACAAAGGACUCUUCUAAAAAGAUUUGUGUUGCUAACACCCAUCUCUACUGGCAUCCAAAAGGUGGGUACAUUCGUCUCAUUCAAAUGGCAGUAGCCCUGACUCACAUUAGACAUGUCUCAUGUGACCUGUAUCCUGGCAUACCAGUUACAUUCUGUGGCGACUUUAACAGUACGCCAUCCACAGGAAUGUAUCAUUUUGUCAUCAGUGGCAGCAUUCCAGAGGAACAUGAAGACUGGGCUUCCAAUGGGGAAGAGGAGAGAUGCAACAUGGCUCUUACCCAUCUCUUCAAACUGAAAAGUGCUUGUGGUGAACCUGCUUACACAAAUUAUGUUGGCGGCUUUCACGGAUGUCUGGAUUAUAUUUUCAUUGACUUCAAUGCUUUAGAGGUUGAACAGGUGAUCCCAUUGCCCAGUCAUGAAGAAGUUACCACCCACCAGGCCUUACCUAGUGUUUCGCAUCCCUCUGAUCACAUAGCUCUUGUGUGUGAUUUAAAGUGGAAAUAGAUUUUUCUUUAUUGGAACUUGUUUUGUAAGUAUGGAAAGGGUGUUAGUGGGAGACCUUAAUAUGAAUCAAAGCUUAUAUGUAACCUUCAAAGAGGGAAACUAGACACUAAGGUAAAAUGUGCAUACCCUAUUAGUUAAGUUCUAACAUGUCUUCAUUCAGUGACUUCAUACUGUUUGCAUAAUAUAGUUUCUCUGCCCUUUUUUUUUCUUCUCUAUACUUGAAGGGAAAACAUGUAUCUAUUUAUGACAGGUAGGAAGGUAAUUGAAUUAUUGCAUAAGUUUUUUUAUAAGUAGGUGGGUUUUUUAGUAAUUACAGUUUUUUAGUGUACCAUAUCGAUGUUCCUAUGAUUUUCUAUCAGAACAUAUUCAAAUGGAUCAUGUUUAUAGAAUUAGGGAGAAAAAAUUUGCAAGGUAAGGAGAGAGGCCUAAGUUCUGACAUAGGGAAGGAAUAACAUUAGGGUCUACCUCUACCUCAAUUUGGUUAAGUUAGAAUAAUUGCAGUUUUAAGUUUUAACAAAAGAUUAAAAUACACCAUAACCUAUUGUCAUUGCUUCUCAUCCUUCCAUAUCAAUCAACAAAUAUUUUCAAUCUCUUGUUCUAGAUUUCUCCUGGGAGAAAGACUAGACUUUCUACUCCUAUCAAGAGUUACAGUCUCUGAAACCAUAGGCUGUUUUGCCCUGUUCUGCAGGGUUGCUGUGAGUCAGAAUGGACUCAGGGGCAAUGAGUUGGGGUUUGUUCUUUAUCCUAGAUUUCAGUUUUCAGGGUGGUGCAGAUCAUUUUUACUGUGGCUCAUUUUCAGUUUUAGGAUGGGAGCACAAUUUAGUGUUGAAAGUGAGCAGCAACAUAUUCAACUUGAUCCCACUGUCAUUAAUUGUUCCUGCCCAUCAAAAGUGUUCACACUUCAUUUGGCCACAUGAAGUUAGUGAUCACAGCACAAUACAAUAUGAAACGCUGUCUACCAACAGGACUUGAAUUUUGGGAUGAACCACUGAACUAUUAUGCUAGAAAUGUUUUCCAAAUUGUCAAGUUUUAUAAAUUAGAAAUGGGAGUAGGGGAACUUUGGGGCAGCUCUGGAAAAAGAAAAAAACUAUUGUUUUUAUAGACUAACACAUUGUAGUUUGAGUUACAGAAAAACAUUAUAUAUAUAAUUUAUAUUGUAAAAGGAUUUUAAAUCAGCCAAGUGCUUUUUACAAUGAAAAAUUACAAAUAGUUGUACUGAUUGGUGUCUGGCCUAAAAUGGUAACUAAGCUUUAUUCAGUUUUUGCUCUACUUUAUUUGUAAGGCUUUAGCUGUUGUCUGUUUGCUGUUAAGGAUAACCUUAAUCUCAGCUCAUACCCCCAUUUAAUUUCUAGCAUGGGUAGUAAAAAUCCCCCACAUCAAGAAAAGCUCUUGAUUUUUCCCCCCAGUCAUUAAAGCCCUUGUUCCAAAUUCUUCCAUCUAUGAACCCAGUACCAUAAGAAGUUUCUUCUUUUUUAAAAAAAAUUUUAAUAAAUCAUUUUAUGGGGGUUCUUACAGCUCUUAGAACAAUCUAU